UGAAUAAUGAAUUAAUUUCAUGCGAUGGUUUUCAUUUCCCUUCCCGCUUCUCUCUCCCGAACCAUCGAACCCCUGUUCGUUCUCUCCCUCUCCUACUGGCGGCGACGAAGGGCAUCACCGCCGACGAUGAAGAGCAUCACCGGAGACUGUUAACACCGACGACCGGCGGCAAAUCUCAGGAAAUGGAUGGUAUCCCCUACUCCAUGCGGAAGCUGGACUUUGAACUGGAUAAAGACAUAGGUGGACCAGCAAACCCUUCACUAAGAACCACCUAUAAUUCAAAUGAGGUAAAACCUUCUCUUAACAUAAGUGAACCAUCCAAACCAAAUGAUGACUUGCCUACAUCUAAAGAAACUGUAUGCGUGGAUACAAGCAUACAAAAUAAACUUAAGGAAAAAUUAAGUCUCAUUCCUGAAAAAUGGACCCCGAAGAUUGGCAUGAUAUUUCCAACAGUGGAGGAAGCAUAUGAAUUUUAUAACACAUAUGCUGGAAAGGUGGGAUUCAGUAUUCGGAAAGCAAGUAGGGUAUCGUGCAAACGGUCUAACCAAGUAAGAUAUGGAAAGUUUUGUUGCUCUAGAGAAGGAAAGCGUAAUGCAAGUAGGUCUUUGAAUGCCAAGAUUCAUCGCCCAGAAACAAGAUGUGGUUGUAUGGCAUCUAUGACGAUAAGCCGUGCGAAGGAUGGUUAUCGUGUCAUUGGUUUCAAUGAGACUCAUAAUCAUAUGAUUGCGACCCCUACAAAAUCACAUAUGUUGAGAUCACAAAGAAGGGUUAGUGACAUACAAAGUUUUCAAGCUAAAAUGGCAGAUGAUGCAGGAAUAGCUCCAAAAGCAGUUAUGGAGUUAAUGACAAGAGAAGCCAAUGGUUGUGAAAAUAUUGGGUUUACUUCUACAGAUUUAAAGAAUUAUUUGCAUUCAUACCGAACUAGGAAUAUGGAGAAGGGGGAGGCAUGUGGUAUUUUGCAAUAUUUUGAAGAUAGGCGAUCACAGGAUCCAUCAUUCGUCUAUGCAAUACAACUUGACCAAGCUGAGCUAGUUACAAAUCUGUUUUGGGCAGAUGCACAAAUGAUAGUGGAUUAUGCUCAUUUUGGUGAUGUGGUAAGUUUUGACACAACAUAUAGAAUACACAAGGAGAAUAGACCACUUGCAGUUUUUGAGGGAGUGAAUAAUUAUAUGCAAACAAUAAUUUUUGGUGCUGCAUUAUUAUAUGAUGAAACCACAGCUUCAUUUGAAUGGUUGUUUGAGGUGUUUCUCAAAACAAUGGGAGGAAAACAACCGCAAACAAUUCUCACUGAUGAUGAUGCAGCUAUAGAAAAUGCAAUUAAUUUGGUGCUACCUAAAUCACAUCAUCGGUUAUGUGUUUGGUACAUGUUCCAGAAUGCUGCAAAUCACCUUAGCGGUGUAUUUGAGGAGUUCAAGUCAUUUUCGCAGGAUUUUAAAAGUUGUGUAUAUGAUUAUGAUGAUGCUAAUGAAUUUGAAAAUGCAUGGAAGAACAUGAUUAAUAAAUAUAAACUUCAAGAGAAUGAAUGGUUGCAAAGAUUGUACAGUAAAAGGCACAAAUGGGCAUUAAUAUUUGGGCGGCAAACAUUUUCUGCCAGCAUGUGCACAACACAGAGUAGCGAGAGUUUGAAUAGCUAUCUGAAAAAAUAUGUCAAUAUUAAGUAUGAUCUGCCAAGGUUCGUUCAACACUUUGAGAGGGUGGUUGCUGAUAGGAGAUAUGAGGAGUUAAAAGCUGAAUUUGCAGCAACACAAAGCAUCCCAUUCAUGGCAGCAAAUAUGGCAAUUUUAGAUUUUGCUUCUCGUGUGUAUACACCACCUAUUUUUGCCAUGUUCCAGAAUGAGGUAUUGCAACAAUUAAAUUGUAGGAUUGAAGAAGAUUGUGUUGUGUCUGAAACAACAAUUGAAUAUACAAUUGGCUUGUAUGGUGUGAAUCGUCGAUACAAGGUGACUUUUGAUUCAAGAAACAAUUCAGUCGGUUGCAGUUGUAAGAACUUCGAGUCUGUUGGAAUCUUGUGUAGACAUGCUUUGAAAAUACUUGAUUAUAGACGUGUAGAGGUCUUGCCCUCAUGCCAUGUAUUGAGAAGGUGGACUAUUAGUGCAAAAAAAUCUAAGAGUGAAGCAUCACAUGGGCAUUUGGAUCAAGCUACAAAAAUGGCAAUACACAAGAAAAAGCUAUUUCAUUUGUUCACCCAAGUAAUUAAUCAAGCUGCACCUAAUGAUGAUGCUUACAAGAUGGCUAUGCAAGUAGGAGAAAAGCUUUUGGAAGAUGUGUCAAGGUGUAUAAAGCAAGCAACUGUUGAGCAAUCAUCUGUAGCAUUUGAUGGCAUCAAAGUUGUUCAUGAUUUUAUUGUUGGUGGGUUAACUUGAGCUCUCCGUUCCUGCUUUAAGUCAAGGUUUUUGGCAGCUAAAGUGAAGACAUCUUUCAGUUGCUUCCAUAUAUCUGCUAAUUCUCUUGCAGACAGCCUUGCAAAAUCAGGAGUAGACAGAGCUCAGAUUUAAAGGGACAUAGCAGUUCUGGUUUGCAUAGGUUUAUUGUCUCCCCUUUUUAGAGUGGGUCUUGUGCAGCUUUUCUCAUCUGUAUCCUUUGUAUAUUUUAUUUUCAUGGUUGAUUAUUUAGGCUAACAAAAUGUUUUCCUCUUAUCACAGCCAUUUGAUAGGAUCAACGAGUUAUUGAUUUAGCCAUACCUCUUUUAAGCUUAACAUAAUGUAAUUUAUCUAGGAAGGAUGUUCACUAAAUUUCCUAAUUUUGUUUAGUUCUGAUGAACUAGUGGUGAAUAAUCCAGCAACUGGUUUUUAUUGUCAAAGACAAUUCCGUCCAUAGAAAUGUACAUACUUAAAUCUACAGUGCAUAUUUAUUGAAUUAAACUAAGAUGCUGAGAUGCCCAAGCAUAAAUAAGGGUUCAUGAGGUUGGCUA